AUGAAAGAAGAUAUGAAUGACAUUUUGAUCCAAAUCAAAACAGAUCAUGAAGUAUAUUGCCGGAAGCAUUUAGAACGCUAUCAAUACGUAUGCCCUGAUCCACUUCGAUUCCGGAAAUAUGCAGCAGGUGCACUGAUGUUCUGUGAACGCUAUUCUCGAAGGUGCCCUGACGAACAAGUGCCGAAAAAACCUGUUCCAUUCGCCCAGAAAAAAGAGUAUUAUAUACGCGAAUUGAAAUAUUUCUGUAACAGAGAACGCAGUUUUGCAGAAUUAUAUUGCACAAAUAAAGUUGCUCUGAAACUACCUAAAUACUUCAUACAUUGUCUUCACUACAAACAUACCUGUAUUGAUGCAUUUAAGAGAGUUAUUUACACUGGAUAAAA